AUGGGGCUAUGUCACAGCACGGAACAGCUAGGGGUCCCCGGGCGCAGUUGCGGCGGCGGGGGCGGCAGCAGCGCCGUUGGACCCGAGCUGCCGACACGGCGACAGCGCCGCCGCACUGGCAGGGACCCGGCAGCCGCCGACGGCGCCGCGGCCGCCACCAGGGUGCUCUGCUGUUCGCGGUUCCUAGCGCCGCGCACCGCCUCGAAGGGGCAGAGCGUGGCGGCGUUUGUCGAGCUCCUUGACCUCUCAGAGGCACCCACCACCCCUGAGGUGGACAACAUCCUGUCCCUCGCCACCGGGAUCUUCGGCGCCCACACGGCCGUGCUCGCCCUCUUCAAUGACAAGCGGGUGCGACGGGCGGGUGACGGGCGCUUGGGGACGGCCGUCGCCGCGAGGGCGGCGCCAGCGUUGCCGU